AUGGCAGCUACACCGGCUCUGGACUUGUCCAUGCUGACAUACUCCGCUCGACUGGCCACUUUCAACACCGAACACCAACUCACAAAGAGACGCGCCUCGAGCCAAAAGAAGAAGCAAGCCUCGACCGUCUCAUGGCCUCACGAGUCGCCUUCUGGUGAAGAGGUAGCUAUCACUCUCACUCCCCUCGACGACAACGCACAAUGCUUCCACUGCGCCGUAAAACUCGACGGAUGGGAGAGUCAGGAUGUCCCUCUCCAGGAGCACCUGGCCCACUCCGCCCACUGCUCCUACGCACUCAGCUUGUCCGUCUCAGACAAGCAAGAAGAACGCGAUCCCAUGAGUCCCGGACUGGUCGAAGCCCGCACAGCCACCUUUGGCGACGUGUGGCCACACGAACACAAGAAGGGAUGGAAGCCCAAGGUCAAACAGAUGGUUGAAGCUGGUUGGGCAUACGACCCUUCGCCAGCAGACGAGGACGGCGCUACCUGUUUCUACUGUAACAUGUCGCUGGAUGGAUGGGAGCCCAAGGAUAGCCCGCUUGAGGAACACCGCCGCAGAGAACCCAACUGCCUCUUCUUUGCACUUUGCGACCGUUACAAGUCUACAAGACGCAAAGGUGGGCGCGGCCGUGCUUCUACUGCCUCAAGAGCUUCCCGCCUAUCCACCCAAUCUGUGCAGUCGACCUUCUCCGAGGCUCCUUCGCUAAUGUCUUUGGGUGACGCAGGUCCCCAGCUCGACGUCGAAGACAGCAUCGCCCUCGAUACUACCAUCUCGUCCGACGCUGCCAAGGGCCGUAAGAAGACCACUAAAGGAAAGAAGAAGACCGCCCGCCAGGAAUCCGUCGACCUUUCUGUUCAAUAUCCGACUCUGCAAGAAACCGAACAAGCCGAGGACGACAUAUACGCUGUUCCUAUCGAAGCCGACCCUGAGCCUGUUGCAGAACAACCCAAACCCAAGCGUGGUCGCAAACCCAAGAAUGCUCAAGAAUCCACCAUCAUUGACGACUCUAUGGCGGAACCGGCACACAAGCCUGCGAGGGCCGAAGUUGCUGUUGUGGCACAGAGUCCUCCGACGAAGUCUGGAAGAGGCGUCAAGAGAACGAGUGACGGAAUCGAGAAGGCCCCGCUCCAUGAAGACAUGACCGCUGAUGAAGAGCCUUCUGUCGCAAUGUCACAGCCAGAGGACAAGCCUAAACGAACUAGGUCUAAGAAGACCAAGAAGGUCGACCCUGAACCCGAACCCGAACCGGAGGCAGAGCCCGAAGCGAUCACCGAGCAAGUGGUCGAGGUACAAAUAGGAUUGGAACCUGCCACUGAGGACGCAGAAGAGCUGGAACCCGAACAAGGAGCAUUUGAGAGAAACUUCGAGAUCGCCGAAAAAGUGGACAUGAAUAUGGAACAAGAGAAUAACCAAACUCUGGAUCAUCACGAUCCACAAGAUGAGGACGUACUGGAAGAGGAGUUUGACAAUCUCGAGAAUGUGGAACCUGAGGAGGAAGUUGUGGAAGAGGUGGUGGACAACGAGGUCGAUGCAGAGGAAGAAGAACAAGCUGCCUCUAUUGCGCAGACUCCUGCAGCUGAAGAAUUCGAGCCAACACCGACACCCGAGAUCAGCCGUCAUUCUUCAGUCUUUAAAUCCUCUGUGCGGAGGUCUGUCAUACAACGAGCACACUCAGAAGAGGUCGAAGAAUCAGCUCAUUCGACGCCGCGUAGUGCAAGGAGCCCCCAGCAAUCAGACGCCGAGAACCAACCGCCAUCCUCAUCAACACACGCACCUCCCACAGCUCAAAAGCAUGCUCCUGCCUUGAACGCGACGAAUGCUGCUAUUCAGCCCAGAGAGAUCUUCGCAAGCCCCACCAAGACCACUCGAGUUCCUCUUGCUGCAUCUACACCUAAUCGCUCUCCUACCAGACGAUCACCAUCCAAGUUUGGCAGACUUGUAUCGUCGACUCCAUGGGAACCCGUUGAUCUCGAAUCCAUCUUCUUCCCUGACUCAGAAAACGAGAAUGGGGGCGCAGACGAUGUAUUCAGCAAGCUGCUCGAGGUUGGUGGUGCACUCACCUCACCGGAGAAGAAAAUGACGGUCGAGGAAUGGGUUCGAUCACGCGCAGAACUGGGAGAGACCAAGCUCAAGAACGAGUGUGAGCGUAUGGUAAUGCUUCUCGAGAAGGAGGGCAAUAGGGGUCUGGUAGCUUUGAACAGCAUCCAGACCUCAUCAUGA